GGAAAAAUACAGUGGGCGAGAACUUUGGACUUUUAGCCAAAAAACCUUCAAAGAUUCCAAGGAAUUAUGAGAAAUCCACGAGAUAUUUGGUGCAUUUCUCUGUAAUCUAAAAUGUAUCGAAGAAUGUCAGAAGUUUGAGGAUACGUUAAAACGCAUGAAAGACUUUGACCGGUUCGUGCAAUUGAGUGAAGAAGGUUUAGCCUAUACCUUCUAGCUGCUGUCAAAGCACAAGUGAAAAAAAAAGGGGAAAAAAGGAAAAGGAAAAAGAAAAAAACUGCGUUUGAAAGAGAAGGAGUUAUCGGACCGUGUCCUCAAUAUUAUUAUUCGUUAUUGAAGUGGUUUUCCCUAAGAAAAUUUAGAUCAGUGCCGGUGUUUAAAAUGUUAAGAACAUGACGGAAGAGGAAUUACUGGUUAAAGCGGCCGAAGAACGAGCAGCCAUCGUCAACAAAUAUGAUCGCGGCCGAGAAAACGCAGAACAGAUAGAUCCGUGGGAGGAUCCUGGUUUUGAAAUAUAUCAUGUCACGGAUAGAUACGGUUUCAUACAUGAUAAGCGAUUGCCUGCCAGUCAACGAGUAGAAGUUAGGGAUAAAGAGCUAGAAAAUAGUCGGUUAAAAAAAUGGUCCAAGAUGCUACACCCAAAUUCUACGAAAGUCUGGGACAAGGACAUGAAAAGUGGCAAGUUGAAAAAACGGCUGUACAAAGGGGUUCCUGAUGCAGUUAGAGGAGAAGUUUGGUCACGAUUAUUACAUAUCAAGAAAACAAAGGAAGAACAAAUAGGGAAAUAUGAGGAAAUGCGGAAAUUAGCUCGGUUGUGGUCACCAGACCUACGUCAGAUAGACCUCGACGUUAAUAGAACAUACCGGGAUCAUCUUAUGUUUCGCGAACGCUAUGGAUUAAAGCAGCAGGCUCUCUUCCAUGUAUUAGGGGCCUAUUCUGUGUACAAUUCGGAAAUAGGUUAUUGCCAAGGAAUGUCACAAAUUGCUGCGUUGUUAUUAAUGUACCUCAACGAAGAAGACGCAUUUUGGGGUCUUAGCAAUCUAAUGGCUGACCCGAAAUGGGCAAUGCAUGGUUUUUUCAUUCCCGGUUUUCCGAAAUUGCUUCGCUUCCAACAACAGCAUGAUAAAAUAUUUGCCAAAUUUCUGCCCAAACUAAAGAAGCAUUUUGAUCGGCAAAAUAUCGAUGCUGGUCUUUACACCUUGAAAUGGUUUUUCCAGUGCUUUCUUGAUAGAGUUCCUUUUUCUCUGGCUAUACGAUUAUGGGAUAUUUAUCUGUUUGAGGGCGAAAAUUUGCUCUUAACCAUGUCAUACGGCCUCUUGAAAUUGCAUCGACGAUCGCUGAGUCGAAUGGGGAUGGAGGAGAUUGUUGAAUUUCUGCAGAUACAUCUGUCUCAAAAUUUCGGCUACCCCGAUAAUAUGGUCGUCGAAAGUGUAGAGAAAUGCAUGGAGGAGCUUCGACGAGCGAAAUUGGACCAGAGCCCCAAACAGAUCCCUACUAGUGAACUGGCUCAGAAUCCAUUUGGAGCCUUCGUGACUCCGUCUGUUGACGUUUCAAUCGGUCGACGGCGGGCCGAGUUCUCCGACGAGGAACGUGUGGCUCGAGCAGCUGUGGUUGCCCGAAUGGAAUUACAGUCGAGGUCUCAUCAGCCAGGAUCUUAUCUAUCUAUUGAUGACGUCUCAUUUGACCCAAGCAUCGAUGACGUCAGUUCCGGUUUACAACGCAGUUGCCGGAGUUCUUUGGCUGGAACAAGUGCCACCUCUGCGGCAGACAUUAGCACCCUCUCCGUCACAGCGUCACAGCGUUACUUGUAUAAUGACAACGACGAGGACGAUAUGGGUUCUGUUGGAAGGAAUAGUGUCAUUUCCGUCGAUCGAGAAGGAAAAGCCCAAGGUUCACCUACCACUCUCACAGAAUUCGCCGUUGUUCAUCGGUCGCGAGCUGGCGAAGACGUUUUCAUCCUACCGCCACCUUACCCCACACCUACUGCAUCGUCAUUGUCGUCACCACAAACACCGAGCUACCCAAUUCUUCCUUCGUCAGAGACCACGCCUACAACUUCGCUUGAAACUCCUACUUACCCAGCUCCACCACCACUUUUCAGCAAUUCAUUCCAAAAUAGUGUUUUUAAUGAGUCAGUGUCCAAGACUUCUUCACGGUCAGAAACGAGAGAGCAGACGAUCUUUCGAACCUCAAAAUCGCCAGAAGGACGGAUGAAUCAAGACCAUACUGUGUCUCCUGAUCGCGUUCGGAUUUACGUGCCCUACAGAGACGAUACGUCAUUUGAAUUUCCAUCGGUGUUAAACGGAUCAACGGUCGGCAAUGGUGUCUCGCCUACCAGCCUCAACAUGUCUUCUUUGGAAGAUCCGAAUCGCGUGGUGAUCCAAGUGAAUGAUCGAACGCCUGAUGGCGAGGUUGCCGUAUCUUCCAGUACACCUGUUAGUAAGAAGAGCAAGUCACCCACAAAAAAGGGAACCAAAUCCAAAUCGUCUGGAAGUCGCCUCUGAAGUCCCAAGUUGUCCUAGGGAAACGAAGAAAGUAUCUCUUUCCUCGAUAGUGCUGAUUUGAAACUCCUCGUUUUUUAAACUUGUUUUUUUUGUGUGUGUGUCAGCCACCUUAUAUGUGUGGAAACAAUAAUUGGGAUAAUCUAAUUUCAAACGUGAAAUCCAGAUCAUUUCCCACUAAAACUCGAGUUGCCUCGCUGUUGUCAUCGUCAACUUGAUACACGUCAAGCAGUCGAUAUGUUCUAGCCGUUCUUCGUGUUCCAUUCCUUUGUCUUUCUUGAGUCGUCACUGUCUAUAAUGUGAAGUAUACCUUCGUCUUUUUGAACAGUA